UCGUCGCUCUCGCUGGGAACUGACUAGAGGAACGGAAAAUGGCGGAUCUCGAAGACGUUACGCUGGACGGGAGACCGCUACAGUCCCUUCGAGUAGCGGAUUUAAAAGCUGCUCUUGAGGAGAGAGGACUCUCGAAAAGCGGUCAGAAGAAUGCUUUAAUCAAAAGACUCAAAGGGGCUCUUAUGCUGGAGAAUCUGCAGAGGACCUCCACCGCUCACAUCGGACUGCAGCCAAACUCACAGAUUGGUGAGGAAAUGAGCCAGAACAGCUUCAUCAAGCAGUAUCUGGCUAAACAACAGGAGCUCCUGAGGCAGCGGCUGGAGAGAGAGGCUCGUGAAGCAUAUGACACAAAUGAGCCAGAGGACCACACAGAAGUCAAUAACAGUACAUCAUGCCCUCCUCAAGCCCAGGAUGCCACGCCAGCAUUGGCUGAGCAGCACAAGCCACCUGGCCCCUCUGGUGGAGAGGGAUUGUUUGGUGCAGUGAAUGAGGGAGAGGGUAACAGGAACCAGGAGGCUGACAUGUCCGGUCCUCCUGCUUCUGGCUCUGUGGCCAUGCAUGUUCCUGGUGGUGAGCACCGGCCAGAGAAGGGGUCUGCCUCCAACAAAGUUGCUGCUGACAGCGACGAUGACGAUAGUGAGGAUGGCGAGGAGGAUGGUGACGAUGAUGAUUGGGAAAGCGGUGCUCGAAGGAGAGGCCACAGAGAGCCAGCCAAAGUGCCCACAACCAGAGAGAGGUCUGGAGCAUCCUGUCAACCCCCGCAGCAGCACAUGCCUUCCCUUUUGUCCCCUCAACUCCGCCAGCCGACACCUCCUCCCUCCCCACCUCCAGAGUUAUCAUUCCCCUUGCCUGACACCCCUAAACAGAGCCCCCCUAGUCCAGAUGUAGCCCCAGCUAGGCGCUCAUCCAGUACCUCUAGCUCUGGUUCAUCCAGCAGCGGCAGCCGCAGUAGCAGCCCAGAGCCACAGAGGAGUGGACAUGCAGAGCGCAAGCCGGGCCCGUUGACCCUUCUGGCACGUAAAAUGGCAUCAGAAGGUGCUUUUUCGGGAGCAGGUUGGCACCGCGGCGCUGGGGAAGGUGAUAGGCAGGACAGCAGUACUCCAGCUACAUCAUUUCCUGGCAGAGGUCAUCCAGAGGGUCUGGUAUCUGCCAUCACUCACACAGCCAAUACUGCAGGCCAUGUGUCAUUUCCCAUGAUUUCAGGCACCCACCAGGGUAUCACAGGAGCACAUUCGGCCCAUAUUCAAGUACCUGUGAGUUUGCUCAAAGCCAAUGCAGCAGAAGAGAGGGACAGAGAGAGGGACUCUGAGAUAGAAAGAGAAAAGGCCCUUGAGCUGGAAAGGCAAGAGAAGCAGAGAAAACUUGAGCAAGAACGAGCAAUUGAGGAAGAGCGUGAAAGAGCUCUUGCACUGGAGAGAGAGGAAAGAGAGAGAGCUCUGGAGAAAGAGAGAAUUGAACGUCAGCAGGCCUUAGAAAGAGAAGAACGAGAAAAGGCUUUGCAGCGGGAGAGAGAACUUGCUCUAGAACGAGAGAGGCAGGAGAGAGAACUUGCUCUAGAACGAGAGAGGCAAGAGAGGGAACUAGCUUUGGCUAAAGAGAGGGAAGCGCGAGAGCAAGCCUUAGCACAAGAGAGGGCCCUGGAGCUGGAGAGGCAGAAGGAGCUUGAAAGACAGAGGGCCCUGGAGCAUGAACGUCUGCAGAGAGAAAAGGAGGAGAGGGAGAAGCGAGAGAGAGAAGAAAUGGAGCUAGAAAGAGCUAAGGCUUUGGAGCAUGAAAAGAAGGAGAGAGAAAGAGCUCUUGAGCAAGAGAGGCUACAGAGGGAAAUAGCUCUGGAGGCUGAGAGAAAGGAGAAGGAGAGGAUUGAGAGAGAAAAGGCUUUGGAGCAGGAAAGGUUAGAGAGAGAGAAAGCCUUAGAGCGAGAGAGACUAGAGAGGGAGAAAGCCUUAGAGCGAGAGAGACUAGAGAGGGAGAAAGCCUUAGAGCGAGAGAGACUAGAGAGGGAGAAAGCCUUAGAGCGAGAGAGACUAGAGAGGGAGAAAGCCUUAGAGCAAGAGAGACUAGAAAUGGAAAGAGCCCUGGAGAAAGAGCGACUAGAGAAAGAAAAAGCCAUAGAGCAAGAGAGAAUUGAGAGAGAGAAAGAGAAAGCCUUAGAGCAAGAGAGAAUUGAGAAAGCCUUAGAGCAAGAGAGAAUUGAAAGAGAGAAAGCCUUAGAGCGAGAGAAAGAAAGGUUGGAGCGGGAGAGAGCCUUAGAACAGAGGUUAGAGCUUGAGAGGAAGGAAAAGGAGAGAAUUGAGAGAGAGAAAGCAUUGGAGCAAGAAAGGAUAGAGAGGGAAAAGGCCUUGCAACGAGAGAAGGAGGAAAAAGAGAGAUUGGAGAGAGAGGCCGCUCUGGAACAGGUGAAGAAGGAGAAGGAAAGAGCAGAAAAGGAGAGGAAAGAGAGGCUGGAGAGAGAGAAAGCUUUAGAGCAGGAGAAACUUGAAAGGGAGAGAGCCUUGGAGAAGGAAAGAAAGGAGAAGGAAAGGGCACUCAAACAAGAAAGGUUAGAGAAGGAGAAAGCAAUGCAGAAAGAAAAGGAGGAGCAGGAGAGGGCCCUGGAACAGGAGAAAGAGAGAGCUAGGGGGACUGAGAAGGAUAGGGAGAGUCACCUCCCUCCUUCCAAACGUGGCCGUGAGAUUGGUCUCACCCCCCUGCCCACUCCUCCCCCCCUCUCCACAGGACCAGGUAGAAAGUCAUCGACAGAGGCAGGAGAGCAAGAAGAUGUCCAUGCUCCAAUGUCCCGGCGUGAAGCAGCAGAAUCCGGUGCACCCAUGCCCGCAACACUUCCGUUGCCUCAGUCCUCAUUCAAGAAAUUCCGGUUCUUAAGGGACUCCCCAAUUCAGCUCCAAUCUUCCUCCCCUUCCAUGGUCAUAAAGCGGCCCCGUAACUUCUCUGAUACCCCACAGCCUCGGGCCUCGCAUGUUUCCUCCCUCACAGACGUCGGGGAGCGCCAGCAGGAAGGACUCCCGUCCUCCACUGAACCGGAAGAUCCACAGAUGCGGACAAAACAGGAGGUUGUUUCCGGAGCGCCGGGAUCUGACGGGGCCCAGCCUGAGAAGGAGACCACUGUUAACACCGCGCUGGUCCCAAGUCCCAAAAAAGAAGGGGCCACCAGCCUAGUAUUGGAGGACAAAGAUAAAGCAGAUUCUGUGAAGUCGGAACAGGCUGCCAAGGAAUCCACCAAAAAAGCAAAAGAAGUGGAUGAAAGCAAGGGUCCUACAAACCCAGUGGAUACUGCUCAGCGGAGGGGAAGAGAUGCAAACAAGGAAGAAAAACAAGGAAGACAAAGAUCAUCGUCUAAUGAUUCCUCUUCGUCAGAAUCGGACUCCGGGUCCUCGUCUUCUCGGUCCUCUGGCUCAUCCACGUCCUCUCAAGAGAAAACCUGCUCCACUUCAAGAGGCAGACGGGAAGGUAAACGUGAAAGAGAUUCCUCACCACAGCACAGGGUGACACAAGAGGCUCAGGCUGAGGGUUUAAAGGAAACCCCAAAAGCCUCCCCUGGCAAAAGAGAGAGUAACACAACUGCUGAUGGAGACAGUCACACCAAGAAACCGUUCAUUGAAGCACCAACCAGAGAGGCGUCACAAAGGAAGAGAAAGGACAACGAGAGAGAGGAGGAAACGGACAAACAAAGGCAGUUGAAGGAGACUGCCAUGGCAGAGCCAGAGAAGCUUCCAGAGACCAGUGAGGAGACACCAAAGGCCUUCUCAGCUCGUAAGAUCUCUAUUAGCAGCAGUAAAUCGUCCCCAGGCACUGGCAGUGCAGAGGGGGAGCAGGACUCUGGGGCCGCGGCCGGUCGCAAGAGGAGGUGGGGCUCCAGCACAGCUGUCACUGCCAAGAAACCUUCCAUCAGUAUCACCACAGAUUCACUCAAGUCUCUGAUCCCAGACAUUCGCCCGUGUCUCGGGCAGGAGGCAAUAGUGGACCUGCACCCAGAGGAAGCUGUCCUCUCUGGUGCUGAGGACGAAGAGAGGGAGUGCUCUGACCAGGAUCUUCAGAUCCGUCGCACUGUCACACAGGUGGUGCACUCGGAGAGCCAGGAGAAUGGAGAGAAAGAGACAAAGAGGAGCAGACAUGAGGAGUUGGAGGAGGAUGACCCACAGGGAGACAGAGAGAUGACAACAAGGGUGCAUGAAGAGAAGAUGGACACCUCAUUUCCUGGAGCUGUGGAAACGCAGUCUCCAUCACAUACCAGCCAUGAUGUAGAAACUAACACUGUGACCCCCAGCGAGACCCUCAUUCGCCGCUCCAUCAGCCAGCAAAAAACGGGUGUUUCCAUCACAAUCGACGACCCUGUUCGCACGGCCCGGCAGCCCUCGCCACCUCGCGGCAAAGUCUCCAACAUUGUUCAUAUCAGCAACCUGGUGAGGCCGUUCACUCUGGGGCAGCUAAAGGAACUGCUCGGCAGAACUGGCACUGUGGUGGAGGAGGGCUUCUGGAUUGACAAAAUCAAGUCUCACUGCUAUGUCACUUACGGUAGCUCAGAGGAGGCAGUUGCUACACGGGCAGCUCUUCAUGGAGUGAAAUGGCCUCAGAGCAACCCAAAAGUCCUUAACGUAGACUUCUGCCAGCAGGAUGAGCUGGACUUCCACAAAGGCUUGGGUGUAGCUGGCAAACCCGGAGCAGAGGAACGGGCGCCUGGCUCUGGCCGUGGUCGAACAUCGGCCCUGCCCUCUCUCCUCCCUGAGCGAGACCAGUGGGCCGAGCGUGAGCGUGAGAUGGAGCGCCGAGAGAAGGCUAGAGCAGAGCGGGAGUGGGAUCGCGACAAGGUCAAAGAAUUUGGGAAACCCGGUGAAGAGAAGGAGGAAGGUCCCCGGAGGUCACGCUCCAGAGAGAGGCGCCGCAAGGAGAGGGGAAAGAGCAAGGAGAAGAAGACUGAGAAGAAGGAGAAAAUGGCUGAGGAUCCCCCUGCAAAGCUGCUUGAUGAUCUGUUCCGCAAAACUAAAGCAGCUCCUUGCAUAUACUGGCUUCCACUUACAGAGGAACAGUUUGUCCAACGGGAAGCUGCCAAAGCAGAACGGAUGAAGGAGCGUGAGAAACGGAGGAAGGAGCAAGAUGAAGAGGAGGAGAAAAAAAGGGAAGAGGAGCGCAAGGAGAGGGUGAAAGCUGGAGGCGGCCCAACUGGAGAGCGAAGUGAGGGUGAGAAGGAAAAGGACAGGGACAGAGAGAGGGACAGAGACAGAGGUAGAGACAGAGACAGGGAGAGGGAGAGGGAGAAUGACAAACGCAGGGAUGGCUACCGUAGGCCAGAGGGCCGUGGAGCAGGCGUGGGCAGACGCUCACGCAGCCGCAGCGACCCACGAGAAAGGCGACGUUAAUGGCCAAUCAACUGAUGGAACUGUCCUAGAGACCACCCUCUUCCAUUUGCCUUUCACUACAUGUACUUUGUUACAACUAAGACCCAACAGAGGACCAACUGAUGUCGUCACCAUCUCUCAAAUUGUCACCUUUUUUAUUGCACAUCUACACUUACACACAGUCAGGCUUAAAGGGGACCAUGUUUUUUUUUUUUUUUUUUUUGCGGUGUUGUUUCCCAGAGUGCUGUAUGUCGCACUUCUGUCAAGCUUUGAUAUAUUUUCUUUAUACUUUUGCCUCUUUUUCUUAAAUUUUUGUCUUGACGGUUUUGCAGUAUGGCACGCUGGGUAAUUUUAAUAAUUUCCCCUCAUGUUCCCCAUUUGCCCCAAAGUGUAGGUGCCAAUUAUGAUUUGCAAUCAACUGUUGUCGCCUCAGUGUUUUUAACAGCUCUAAAAUCUGGAUGAGGAAUCCUUUUGUUGCUGCAUGUAGUCCAAGGCUCUCCUUGCCAAUCCUGCCUAAAUAGAAAAAUCUGCCCUCUGUGCAGAGGCUUGCAUAAAUCUGAAAAUAUUGGAAUAGGUGUGUUUGGCAUUUUGUACAGACAUAUAAGAUUACUUAAAAUCACGUCUUUAAAUAAGGCAGCUCUGGGGUAUUUUUGGACAGGUGUGGAAUAACUACUAAGGCAAUGCAGUGUUCCUCUCCCUGUUCAGUUAAGCGAUGGCUCCGAAUCUCCUUGGAGGAGAAUCGAUGUCUGUCACUUGACACAAGUUAUGAUUAUGUCCUUAUCAUUGAUUCUCUUAUUCCUCCCUCCUCUUCCUCCAGUUCUCUUACCCUGUAGCGUCAAUACAGGCCCAAGAGGGGAGGUUGCAUUAUGAGUUUUCUAACCAUUUUGUUUUUGUUACCUUUUAUUUUAUCAUUUUAGUACAAAGGU